UCUCUUUGUUUCUCUGCAAGACCAGUGGUGAUGGUGAACAAAGGCAGUGGUGCCGGUGGAGGAAGCGGACCUACGGCCGCAGCAGCCGCAGCUGCUUUACAGAAGCAAAAGGCGUUUUUACAGAGAGUAGAGACUGACAUCACAUCCGUCGUUGAUAGCUUCACUCAAAUCGUCAAUGUCGCGAGGGUGAGUGAUCCACCGGUGAAGAACUCGCAAGAAGCACACAUGAUGGAGAUGCGAGCGUCUAGAAUGGUCCAAGCAGCUGAUUCUCUUUUGAAACUCGUAUCGGAACUGAAGCAAACCUCGAUAUUUUCGGGAUUUGCAUCACUAAACGAUCGUGUAGAACAAAGAAUUGAAGAGUUUGAUCAAGAGGCCGAGAAGUCAAAUCGAUUGUUGGCUAUAAUAGCCGAUGCUGUAUCUGCCAGUCUUAAAGAGCUCGAGUCUCACUAUUACUCUUCUGCUCAGAGAUUCACUCUAGACUUUUAGAAGGGGUUUUGGUUACUUUAGUUUAAUCCGAGAAAACAGCAAAUCGUAGGAUCUUCUUCUAAUUUCCCUGUAAAUCUUUAGGCUCUUUCGCUGAACAAAAUCUUAUAGAAUUGGGCAUUUGCCAUUUAACUUUGGAACCAAGUGUUUGUAAUCCAAGAGACAUUUUCUUC